AUGGGCAAGGUUUACAUGGGACGUUUGAAAAACACUCCAUUGAUUGUGAUAAAGAUGUCUGUGGAAGUUGAUGAGGAUUGGAAACAGACAUUUUUUUAUGAGAUGAUCAUGCAAUCUAGAAUUAAGCAUUGGAAUGUUGCCAAGCUUUUCGGCUGCUGCCUAGAUCAUGUCGAUGCCCCAGUAUUAGUCUAUGAGUAUGGUGAGAUGGGCUUGCAUGACGCUCUUUUUGGUAAGGCGUGGCAGAGUAUUGAACAUCCUUUCACUUCCUAUGUACGUCUACAAAUUGCUACUGAUGCUGCAGAAGGCCUUGCUCACCUUCACUCAUUUGACAUGGUUCAUGGCGAUGUCAGAACUGCCAAUGUAAUAGUGGAUGUUUUUUCUGGAUCUAAGCUCGAAAUGCCUAGAACUAGUACAUUUCCGGCAAAGAUUGCUGGUUUUGGAACAACAAAGCUCCUUUCCUUGGACAAGGCUCAGUAUGCAAGAUUUCUAACAGAGAACAUACAUUACAAGGAUCCACACUUCCUAAUAACUGGGCUCAUGACUAAGGAACACGAUGUGUAUGGUUUUGGAGGGGUUCUUGUGGAGCUCUUCACAGGAAACAAGAUUCAAAUGCACGACAUAAAUACGAUGUCUAUCGAGAGCAAAUUAGCAACGAAUGCCUGUGUUUAUUACGAUAGCUCCUUUUGUUGCGAGUAUCUUACACUCAACAUGCACAAAAACGCCUAG